AUGCCUGGCACUAGAUCCAACCAAUCAGGCAAUCGGAACGCUGCCCCCGCUGAGGGGGCUGAGAUAGCCAGUGAUUCCGAGCCUACUCCGGCCUCAGGCCGAACCGAACCAGCUGCUGAAGAAACAGUUCCAGAGAACCAAGCAGCCGAGCUUCCAACGGAUGACGUCAAACUAGACGGCAUACCAAUUCUGAAUGGCGAUGAUGAGCUAGAUGAUUGGCUCACAUACGUCCAAUUGACGCUAGAUCUCUAUGAUCUAAGCCGGUUAAUCGACCCGACGAUACCGAGGCCGAAACCGAAAGAUCCAAACUAUGCGAGAUGGCGGCGACUAUCUAAGCAGAUUCGGAAAUGGUUGAUACUCAAUAUCUCAACCAAUAUGCUACGAUCGGUCUGA